AGCAAUUUGACAGCGAAGGUUUUUUUUACAAGAUAUUUUUUGGUGAAGUGGAUUUUUUCUUUGGCGAGAAAAUGUGAUUUUUCCUUGUAAAUUCGCAUUGAAAAUGAGUGCAAAAAUUAAUGCAGAGAUCGAGGAAUGUGUCCGCAAUAACAUUUCGUGGACAAAUCUUCCGGUUCAUCUGAAACAGAUACUGAGAAAUACCCCAAAGGACUACGAUCGGUAUGUCUUCAACUACAGCCUGAAGAAUCAAUUGCGCUAUCGUGGGAAUUUAGUGAGGAAGGUUUUCCGGAAUGAGCAGCGCUACUAUGAGCUUCUGGUGGACAAGAGUGUGAGCUACUUGUGCUUAUUUCCCUAUCAUCUGGCCGAUAUUGUCACCAAGGGGCUACGUGUGACUCCAUUCAACUACUACCUUGACGUACUCAGCUUCCUCCUGAGGAAUGACAAGAGUUACGAUACUCUGCCCAAUUUUACCGCCGUUGAUUGUCUUCGAGUGCUGGGAAUUGGACGGAAUGAAUAUCUUGCGCUGAUUAGUGAGAUGAAGACAAACUCAUCGAAGCUAUUCCGUAAACCAAAUCCACAGCAUUUCCUGCCCAAAUUCCCCAUCCGGAUUAACAUUGAGCCAUCGUGGAAGGUGGAAGUUGGAUAUGUCCUUGAAUCUGAUAUCCGGUUUGUAAAUGACGCCGAGAGGAGUCUCAUUGAUGAUUUAAUUGACUUCGGGUCACGCACGGUGGGACAAGUGGAUUAUGUGGUGGCUCACAGCUUGUACAGGAAGGGUUUGGUGUAUUUGGAUGUGCCAAUAAGUGGGGAGGAUAAAAUCUGCAUUCCACCACUCAAAAAUUUUGUGAUGAAUCGCGUGUGUGGGGAUUACUUUGAGAAUCUCCUGUACAAGGUCUUUGUGAGUACAGAUGAGCACAUGACAAUCUCCGAAUUGGCUCAAAUGCUGCAAGUUAAUCUCGACACCGUGAAGCAUGCUGUCUCGCUGCUGUGUCGCUUGGGGUUUGCACGCAAGAAGACAGAGAUUGCUGUACCAAAUCUCCAUCCAAGUUGGGACAAUGUGGAGCGCGUUGAGGAUGAACGACCACAGAUAACACCCCUCAAUUAUCAUUCCCUCCUUAUGAAUGAGACAAAUGAUGGUCUUGUGGAUGCAAAGGGGAAUCUUACGUCUACGAAAGCUUCAGCAGAGGGAUGUGAUAGUAGCCCAACAAUGGGGGGUAAAGAAGAUAUUCUGGAUAUGGAGGAAAUUGUCAAUUUAUCAGCUGCUGAAUGCACCUCAUCAGAUGGGACGAGUGACUUCUCAAUCAUCAACAAUUCAUCCUCAUCGUCGACAGAGUGCAAAACUCCGGCAAUGAAGAAGAAAUCAGCAAAGGAGGAACGUUCUGUGGUGGAAGAUGUCCAGGAUAGUAGGAGUUUAAUCAAACCCCUGGAUCCGAAUGCAAAAGGAGGGAAGAGGAUAGGUUUUCUCUUUGAUUCCACACUUGCUGCAUUCCUAAUGAUGGGUAAUCUCUCGCCUGGGCUCAAGAAUCACGCGGUGACAAUGUUUGAGGUUGGGAAGCUCUGUGACGAGAGUAUGGAUACAUUCCUGGCUGAAUUGGAGAAGGUAUCUCUUCUCGAUGCUGAAGGUGAGGGCGAGGUGGGGCGCUAUUUUGCCCACGCCGUCAUUCUGCGGUCGACAAUCAUUGCCCUGCGGAAUAAUCUCGCAUGCGGAUUGGAUUUGCUGCGUCUGGAAUGCCUCGAAAGUUUAGACUACAAAACACGUGAUAGAUUGCUUGAGAAGAAGUAUAAAUUCAUCUGUUCAGCUGCCCCGCUAACAAGUAGCUUCACCCAUCUCCUGUCCAUUCCAUUCUUCGGACAAUUCCACAAGAGCUGCGACACAUCCCACCUCUGGCUCCGGAUGUUCUACUACCACAUAUCGGGUUUUGGGCCACCGAGUCUCCUCUUGACACGUGGCACCGUCCUCAAGAGCCUUCCGCGCAUUUUUCUGGGCUACGGCAAACUCCUCGUGACCAUUGUCCACACAGAUUCCUACGUCCUCAAUACGGAUAACUACCUGGCACUCAAUGAGCAACUGAAGAAUGGGAGUGUCCUCAUUCAGGGCUAUGGGAUACGCGAGCCAGCAGAAAUUCGCUAUGAAUCCUUCCCAUUUCACAAGAACGAUGCAAAUAGGCAAAUGUGGGCGAAGCAUCGGGCUGUGGAGAAGCUGUCGGAGCACCUCAAUCUGUCCAGUACAUGUGGGUACAUAACAUUCCUCAAUACGGGCGUCCCGGAUCUCGGUUGUGAGACAAAUUACGAUGCAAAUGUGCACCUGAAGCGUCCGGAGCGACGGAAAGGGCGACGAAAUUCCGGGAAUGCUGCUACACCAUCCAUGGAGGAUUCCACAAUUUCCACUGUUUCGCGGGAUGAUGAUCUGAUGACGCCCCAAACGCCGUGUGCUCCCAAUGAACUCCUAACACCACUCGAUGGAUCCGAGAUCACCAUUCACAAGUCCAAAAGCAAUGAUUUAGCAAAGCUAAAGUCACCCGUUGAGGAGCAUUUUGCUGUAACACCCAAAAGUUCAUCACCGUCGAAUGUAUUCCGCAGUGAGGACUGCAAUGAGCUGCUGGAGACGGAAUUGGCCGAAUUGGCACAGUGUGAGGGAAGGUACGCCGGUGGGAAGGAGUUGGUAUCGCAGAAUUCCAUUGAAAUCGCCAUUGUGGACGCCCCUCCGGAAGAGGCCGCCAAGGGGGAAUAUGCCGGCGAGGAGUGGACUCUCCUUGAUGUGAACUUUGGGGUUCCACUCUUUGAUGUGGAUUGCAACACGAGGAUUUGCGAGAGUCUCGUUAAGCAUCUUGUCUCAGAUGAAAAUCUUCAAAAGCUCCAAGAAUCCAACAGUGAGAUGAACAGAAGAUUCCUCCUAUUUGUAUCUCAGUGUCUGUACUUUGAGGAUGAAAAUAUUGGCAUUGUGAAGAUAGGACGUUUAAUUCCGCAGCCAAGGAUAAAUUUAGCCUUUGAGAAUGGCAAAGUUGGCUACUGGAAUGGCAAGUAAGAUGGUAAUACACAGAGUCACUCCGCAAAGAAGGAGAAAAAGUAAAAGAAAAGAAACGAAUGUGUGACGAUAAUGAAAAUUUAAUAUAUAUAUUUGAAGAAAUAUAGCAAUA